CGCCCCGGAGGCGCCUGACUCUGAGCCGCAGCCCCUUCUCACUUGUAGCCCCACAGAUCUCCAUUUUCUUCUUUCCUCAUAUUCCGGAGCGGAAGAGCAAAGACUUGGAAAAAAUGGAUGAAGAAUACGAUGUUAUCGUUCUGGGGACCGGGCUUACGGAAUGCAUUUUAUCAGGUAUCAUGUCAGUGAAUGGGAAAAAGGUUCUGCACAUGGAUCGCAACUCCUACUAUGGAGGUGAGAGCGCCUCCAUCACACCUCUUGAAGACCUCUACAAGCGCUUCAACAUUCCCGGCAGCCCUCCUGAGUCGAUGGGAAAAGGCCGGGAUUGGAAUGUGGACCUUGUCCCUAAAUUCCUCAUGGCCAAUGGUCAACUGGUCCGCAUGCUGCUGAUCACGCAGGUGACUCGCUACCUGGAUUUCAAAGUGGUUGAAGGCAGUUUUGUGUACAAGAAGCCCAAAAUCCACAAGGUUCCCUCUACUGAGACUGAGGCUCUUGCAUCCAGUCUGAUGGGGCUGUUUGAGAAGCGGCGCUUCAGAAAGUUCCUGGUGUUCAUUGCUAACUUUGAUGAGAAUGACCCCAAGACUAUGGAAGGUGUCGACCCAAAAAAGACGACAAUGAGGGAAAUAUACAAGAAGUUUGACCUGGGCCAGGAGGUCAUUGACUUCACCGGUCAUUCUCUUGCACUCUACCGCACAGAUGAUUACCUGGAUCAACCCUGCAUGGAGGCAAUAAACAGGAUAAAGCUUUACAGCGAGUCUUUGGCCCGAUACGGCAAGAGCCCGUACCUCUACCCACUCUACGGCCUGGGAGAACUGCCACAAGGCUUUGCCAGGUUGAGUGCCAUCUAUGGUGGGACAUACAUGUUGAACAAGCCAAUCGAAGAGAUUGUGGUGGAGAACGGGAAGGUGGUGGGAGUGAAGUCUGAGGGGGAGAUUGCAAGGUGCAAGCAGCUGAUCUGUGACCCCAGCUACGUUAUGGAUCAUGUCAACAAAGUGGGUCAAGUGAUCAGAGCCAUCUGCAUCUUGAGUCAUCCCAUAGCCAACACUGGCGAUGUAAACUCAUGCCAGAUCAUCAUCCCCCAGAAUCAGGUCAACAGGAAGCAUGACAUCUAUGUUUGUAUGAUCUCCUUUGCUCACAAUGUGGCUGCACAGGGUAAAUAUAUCGCCAUCGUUAGCACCACAGCGGAGACAGCUGACCCAGAGAAAGAAAUCAAACCAGCCCUGGACUUACUGGAGCCCAUCGAGCAGAAGUUUGUCAGCAUUAGUGACCAGUAUGCACCCACUGACUUGGGCACUGAAAGUCAGAUCUUCAUCUCUCGGUCGUAUGAUGCAACAACUCACUUUGAGACCACUUGUGACGACAUCAAGGACAUCUACAAGAGGAUGACAGGCUCAGAGUUUGACUUUGCUGAGAUGGAGCGCAAGAAGAAAGACACCUUUGGUGAUGAUGAUUCAUAGAGGCAACCGGUCCACAACACUCUGAUAAUCAAAGACAACGGAAAUCUUACAAAAAAAAAAAAAAAUAGAAAACCUACAUAAAUAUGUAAA